GGUUGGUUAAAAGCCCACUAGUUGCCCCCAAUUAAUCAUGGGUCGAUUCUUCCCCUGUCUUUUUUACACUUUAUUUAUAUUAUUUUUCUACUUUUUUUUCCAUUCUAGAUCCGCCUAAGGAUAAUUAACCAACAAAUGGAUUUGCAUGCACGCUGUGACUCCGUCUGUAUAUACACUCAAUGAGAGUUCCUGAAUAGGAAUUAAAAUUGCAUCGAAUCUCAUGUAGUGGAGGUCGAUGAUUGAAUGCCAGGAACGCAUAUGUGUUUUAAAGCAUCUUUAAUGUACAUUUCUGUAUUUUUUUUCUAAAAUAAAUAACUCUAUUAUAGAGCCUUUAUAGAAAUGAUUUUAUUUCAAUAUGUUUAUAUAAUACUCUAUAUGUUUUAUAUUAAAUAUCACUUUAAUAUUUUUUUCUUGUUACAUAAAAAAUGUCGUUUUAUAAUUUCAAUACAAUUUAUUUUUAUUUUUAGUUUAAUAUUAAUUAUAAAAUGUAUUGAUCUUAUAAAUAAAUUUAUUUAUUUAAAAUGCUAUUGGUUAAGUAGAUGACAUUAAUGAAAACAUGAAUGCAUUUAUUGAGUUUUUUAAUGUAUGAAAAAUGUAUAGGUGACACUCUUUGUAAAACGGAGAGAAUAAAGUUUUAUGAGAAAAUAUUUUUACCUCUAUGUUUAAUAACUCACAGAUUUCGCAUACUUUCCUAUAAAUGACAGAUUUCUUAUUCUCAUUAAAAGCUAAAAGAAAACAAUGAAAACAAAGUUAUUAAAGAAAGUAAUAAAUGUUUUCAUUUAUAAAUACUACUACCACACAAAAAAAAACUAUAUUCCAAACCAGUAAAAGGCAUCCAUGGUAUUCUUAACAAACCGUCACCUCAUUUUCGUGUUAAUAACAUAUCUAAUUAUUUUAAGAACUUCUUUAUCACUUGAACACUCUGUCAAUGGAGAUGUGCCAUUCUUACCUAAACAUGUUAUGAUCACUAACAAAUUGGUCACACGUGAAGGAAUGGUCUUGCACUGCAGGAACAAAGGGAAAGAUUUAGGCUUUAAAGCGAUAUUAGCUGAUGAAAGUUUCGAUUUCAGGUUUCAUCUUAAUAUACGCAGAACAGCCGUGUAUACUUGCACUUUCUCGUGGCAUGGAAACGUAAAGAGAUUUGACAUUUUUAGAGCUGAUAGAGACGAUAAUCCAAGAAGUACGUGUGGUAUAUGCAGAGAAUGUAUUUGGCAUAUAUCUGAGUCAGGUCCAUGUCGUAUGAAACGCGAUGGAGGCUCUCCUUACUGUUUUCCAUGGGCUUCUUAGUCAUAUCAAAAUAUUUAUUGUAUCUUUCUUUCAUAUCAAGAAAAGAAAUAUUUCUUUCGUAUUGUUGUGUUAUAAAUGAAAUAAAUAAAUCGGUUUGCAAUUUGAAAUCAUUUCUUUUGUAACUGUUUUGACAUUGUUGUUACAUAUUUAUCACUUUUCUCUUUUAAUAAUUGUUAUAUUUUCAUAUAAACAUGAAAUUUCAUUAUAUUGUUUAUGUUCUCUCUAAAUCCGAAACGAGAUUUGAUAAUAUUUGUGGUGGAUCUAAAAAGCUCUCUUCAAUAGAAAUCAAGAAUGGUUCAAAGAUAAAAGAACAAAAAAAAU